CCCGGCUCGUCCGAGGUCCGUCGGCUGCGCCCGGCCGCCCCGGAGCCCCGCAGCGGCUGAGCGGGGCCGUGCCCGCGCCCGGGCGCCGGGAUGCGCGUCCUGCUCGUCGUCCUGCUCUGGCGAGUUUCCUACUAUGUUGGAACCCUGGGGACUCACACCGAGAUCAAGAGAGUGGCUGAAGAAAAGGUCACUUUGCCUUGUCACCAUCAACUGGGGCUUCCAGAAAAAGAUACCCUGGAUAUUGAAUGGCUGCUGACUGAUAAUGAAGGGAACCAGAAAGUGGUGAUCACUUACUCCAGCCGUCAUGUCUACAGUAACUUGACUGAGGAACAGAAGGGCCGAGUGGCCUUUGCUUCCAAUUUCCUGGCAGGAGAUGCUUCCCUGCAGAUUGAGCCUCUGAAGCCCAGUGAUGAGGGGCGGUACAGCUGCAAGGUGAAAAAUUCAGGGCGCUAUGUGUGGAGCCAUGUCAUCUUAAAAGUCUUAGUGAGACCAUCAAAGCCCAAAUGUGAGUUGGAAGGAGAGCUGACAGAAGGAAGUGACGUGACUCUGCAGUGUGAGUCAGCCUCUGGCACAAAGCCCAUCAUGUAUUACUGGCAGCGGAUCCGGGAGAAGGAGGGAGAGGAUGAGCAUCUCCCUCCCAAGUCUAGGAUUGACUACAAUAACCCUGGACGCGUUCUGCUGCACAAUCUCACCAUGUCCUCCUCUGGGCUCUACCAGUGUACAGCAGGCAAUGAGGCUGGGAAGGAAAGCUGUGUGGUGCGAGUGACUGUACGGUAUGUACAAAGCAUCGGCAUGGUUGCAGGAGCAGUGACAGGCAUGGUGGCUGGAGCACUGCUGAUUUUCCUCUUGGUAUGGCUGCUAAUCAGAAGGAAAGACAAAGAGAGAUAUGAGGAAGAAGAGAGACCUAAUGAAAUUCGGGAAGAUGCGGAAGCCCCAAAAGCCCGUCUCGUGAAACCUAGUUCCUCUUCCUCAGGAUCUCGGAGCUCACGCUCUGGUUCUUCCUCCACUCGCUCCACAGCUAAUAGUGCCUCACGCAGCCAGCGGACACUGUCAACUGAAGCAGCGCCCCAGCCAGGGCUGGCCACCCAUGCAUACAGCCUAGUGGGGCCAGAGGGCAGAGGUUCUGAACCAAAGAAAGUCCACCAUGCUACCCUGACCAAAGCAGCCGCACCCAGCAUGAUCCCCAGCCAGACCAGAGCCUUCCAAACCAUCCGAAUUAGAGUGGACUUGACUCCCAUGCUUUCCUAGGAGUCAGGAUCUUAGGACUCUUCUAGUCAUUGAAGCUCAGUCACCAGCCACACAAACCCCCUCGAACCAGAUGACAGGCCAUUUAAGUAGCAGUGAGCAUUGCAUGGACCCAAUUCAAAUGAACACUUUCUUUAUAUGGCACCAAACAAGAAAAAGAUGUAAGCUGAUCAUCUCCAGAAAGGCAUCUCAUGGUGCCUUGAGACCAGAGUGGGGAAAGCAGGGGUCCUAAUCUGUGUAUUUGUUGACCAGGACCUGUGGUGGAAAAGGUUGGGGAAAGGGGAACUGCACACACUUAAAACUUCUCACCUGAGAUGUUUUGUAUCAAUACUUCGACUCACCAUUGUCAAGAAGAAAUGAAAUGUUGUUCAUAAAUUUUCUAUGCAUUUCUGCAAACCUACUGGAUUAUUGUGCUUAUUCAGUCAAGUGGAACCCACAGCCUUAUAUUUCACCUACCUGCACCACGUACUGGGCAUAUUGCUUCUGAGAAAUUUCAAAAAAGGAAAUAUGUUUCUUCUGACUUCAUUUACCAUAAGGUUUGGAUAUUGAUUUUAUAAGGAGUUGAACUAGUAGGAGGUGAAGAAUAAUUUGAGUUUCUCCCCCCUCUAUCCACUCCUAACCUCCCACUUAUAGAGAACCAUAAGAGAACUAAGAAAGGAAUUCAAAAUGUGUGACAGGGGCCUGUGAAAAACUUUCCAUCUUAAUGAUGCUCAUUUGGAGGGUCACUGACAGAUACCAGAAAUCCAUACUGGACCAAUUGUGGAGUAACCCUCAAAUCAGAUGUCUCUGAGGACUUCCCUGCUGGAUAUCUCUGGAGCACAACGUUCACUAUGUGUCAUUUGACAAUGUUCUUAGAAGCUUUUUCGAGAGAGAGAGAGAGAGAGAGAGAUCUUUCAGAGAUGCUAAAAGAUCAUUGAUAUAUCAUUGCGUUCUCUUCUGAGAACCUAUAAAAUCAGAAUUCUAAGACUGACUAAACUAUAAAGGGAGCUUAGAUCAGUUAUCUCUUAAUAUAAGGAAGUUUAUUACACCAAACCUGGAGCGUCCUCCAUUUCUUUCAUUUUAGGAGAAAGAUGUGAACCUGGGACUUUUGAUAAUUCUAGGGCUUAAAUUAUCAAAAAGAUCAGGGAUUGCCAGCGUUUCCUAAUGGCAUUACAAGGACGUCAUAAUCAUUCCCUCCUGAGAGGCUGAAAUAAAUUCAGUAAUUUCCCAGCUUAGCCUCUGAGGAAGUCCAGGUUUGGAAGGAAAGGGAAUUAUAUUUAGGGAAGGGAUGGUGAGGAUAACUCGUGGGUGGCAGGACAGGGCCGGAUUAGUGACUGCUAACAUUUGAACUGUCAGCAUCUUGGAAACAAUGAACAGAAAUGAUUCACCACAAUAACCAUCAUUAAGAGUUGAUUCAUGGAAGAAAGGUGUGUGAGAAAUAAAAAGCAAGCAGCAGCCUCCAAUACGAGAACUUGCCUUUUUAAUAGUGUUGACUAUCCUGUGAGUCAAAUGCAUCCAAUGGCAAGAAUGAUAGACCUGAAAAAGCCCUGCAAGGACCUCAGGGCAAAUGUCAACAGAUCUCCAUUGGUAGUGCAAAAUAUUUAUGAUUAAAAGGGCAGCAAGUCAGAGGAAAGAAAAAGUCAUGCUGAAUCUGGAGAUGAAAGCAUUGUUUCUAAAAUGGGAAUCAGAUGCUUGAAAAGGCAGAUCUGGGAUUUGGCCCCAUUUUUCUGGUUUUUCCUUUCUACAUUUAAUUCUUCUACCACAGCCCUCAUAUAGUGCAAAUACAUUUUUUUCUAAGGUUCUUUAAGAAAUGAGGGGGUUUAUGCUUGGGUGAAAAUUGUAAUUUGAGGUUUGUCUUCCUCUUAAAAAAAAAAAAAGCUGGGAGAUAAGAGACAUUGAGGAAGUAAUGUAAAGAAUGUCUAUUAAUUUAAGAAGGCUGGUAUAUGUGGAAUGCUUAAUACUAACACUGCCUCAUUGUAAGAUAAAACCCCUUCCAUGCUCUAUACUUUUUUAUUCUUCUGGUAAUGUGGUAACCUAUCACCUCUGCUAUGUAAUUCUGAGGAUUCUCAUUCCUAUAGCACCUGAGCCAAACAAGUCACUAUGGAGGCUGCAGCUCUAUCAUCACAAGCAAUUUGCUCUAAUCGUUACUUACUACCUUUGAACCUAAGGUUUCCUGCAUAUGUCUUUGCAGGCAGGAAUCAGUCCCCUUUGCAUGAUAUGAAGAUUGAGGUUAUUUAAACAUGUUAGUUACUAAAAGACUAAAAUACCCGUUGAAUAGCCAGAUUUUGGAAAUCUAUUCACACUGGCAAUCUACAAAAAAAUUCACAAGACUGAUAACUACCUAAAAUCUGAGAAAUUCUAAGGAAUUGAAACUUCUGAGAGAUAAGGUGCUCAAGUUUAAGCAAUGAUAGUGCACUUUUCUUGGAGUCAGGUUUUUGGGUUUAGAUACGGCAAGCUCUGGGCUUAAGAUAAAGUUUUGAGACACUACUGGUUUCAAACCAUAUUCCAUUAACUUUAAGUCAAAUAAAUCUGAUCCGUUAAUAUGAAACAAAAAAGAUAACUAAAAAGUAGAAAGAAAAACAUUUUUAGUGUGAAGAUUCCAACAGAAGGAUGUGAAUGUUCGGAGAACAACCAUUUCAGUAAAAUAUAUAAACCAAACUUAAAUUUGUGAAACAAUGAAGUGGAUGCCCUUGUUGUUACACUGUAUAAAAAUAAUUUCAGAAUUGCUUUUGCAAAAACACACAAUUUUGCUUAAUUUCUGGUGUUAAUCUGUUUAUAUUUUAACUUCUAAGUUGCCUUGUAAUUGAGACUGUAUUUGAUCACAGAAACCAAAUAUUUAUUACAGAUGUAUCUGUAUCAGCAAUUAAAAAAUAAAUAAGUAAAGGUGAUAUACUGUAGGAGAAGCUGAAGGUCA